AUGGAGGAUGACCGAACCUGGUCCGAGGUCCCUGACUGGGGAAAACUUCGGCCAGGACCAUUUACCGAGCACAUCAAGAAGUCCAGACAGGACAGGGAGGUGCAGCCGUUGCGCAUACCAUUUUAUACCGGCGUGGAGGACCCUUUGACGCACCUUCACUCCUUCCAAUCGGCAGUUGGAUGCAAGGGCCUCAGCGACGAGGGGCAAUGCCUACUGUUCCCAUCAUCCCUUACCGAAGCUGCUCUGAACUGGUUCUACCUUCUUGAGCCAGGGACGGUAGACUCCUUUGACGAACUGAAGCAGAUUUUCCUCAACUACUUCAUGAUCCAGACAAACCGCUUGUACUCUGUCGAUGAUCUGUACACGAUUCGGCAGAGAGAAGACGAACCCCUACGGGAGUACGCAGCGCGCUUCAAUCACGAAUACUCGAGGUGUCCUGAAACGGACGAUAGGGCAGCCUUCGGCGCCUUCAAGAGUGGCCUUCGGUCAUCCCACUUCCGGUAUCUCGUGCACAGUAGUAACUGGCGCACAUAUGACGAGCUGAUGAAGCAGGUGGCAGUUCAUGCGAAAGCCGAAUAUUUCAACUCCAAACCUGGACCUUCGGCUCGUAAGGAGGAGUCAGCGACCAAGAGUUAUCCGGGGCGAACUGACGAUUCUUCGGCAGGGCACAAACGGAAGGACGACCGUGAUAGUCGUCAAGGAAACUCGAAGAAAGGGCGCGGGAAAUACGGUCGUAACGACCACCGUGCGCCGCUACCGAAUCACGAUCGUGCCCAGGAAGUCUUCACCCUGCUGAACACUACAUACGAGACCGUUCUGAUGAACGAGCAUGACCAGAUCCCGAAGCCAACCAACCGAAAGCCCAAUCGGCAGGACAAUUGGGAGACUGGCAAAUUCUGCCGAUACCACCAGCAUUAG